GUAAAAUGCUUCAGGAAGAUUUUGAGAAAUCAGCUGCAGGAAGACGAGUGAUUAAGCAUCUUGAGAGUUUGGCCCAUCAAUUGAAAGCAAUUGAGGAAUCGCAGAAGAAGCAGAAGUAACUUUUUCGAUAAAGUCCUCAGGUUUUACAAUGGAUAUGCCAAAUGACUCAAACUCAACCAUGAAUAAGCUCAAAGAGCUGCUUCUCAGCUCUCAAUUUGAAGAAGCUAGAGAUCUUUUGAAAGACCCCAGUUUCAUCGAAAGUGCCAUAAAUUAUCCAGAAGACCUAUUUGGAAUUCUUACUGGCUUCAUUUCACCACAAAACCAGGGCCUUAAUCCAGCCCUGGUUGAAACUUGCCAAGAGAUGAUGAAGACAUUUGUGGAAGACUUGUCUGAUCCUGAUGUUACACAUCUAGUUCUUCUAGGGUACUUGACGUCAACGGAAAACGACGUUUUGUUUGUGGUCGUGUUACAGUGCGUGGAUUCCUGUCUGCAAAAAAUGAAAAAAGCCAGAGCGCUUAGAGAGUCCCUUACUUCAAUCCAAGUUGCUUUAAGUGAUCUGAGCCUUUGUGAAAGAGAGCAAAUUGAGCGUCUUUUCAUUGAAAUUAGCAAAUUCUGCUGGCGUAUCAUUGACAAUAUCGACGAAGAAGAUUUUAAAGAGGCUGAAAAGCAGAAGCAGUGCCUUGCGACGUUUUUGCUCUCGUGGCUCUUAAAUGAUGAUAUACCUCGAUCCACCUUGGAUGAGAGUAUUAAAGCCCUGGCUAAAGUUCUGCCUCAUUUAGGACAUCCCUUUGCAUACUUAAAUGAGGCGGGUAGGUGGCGGAAAAAGAAGGGAGCAACUCUUCACUUCUUGGACCAAGUUGAAUCACACUGUUGCUAUGGAGUACUGUAUUAUAAUAUUUUGCAUCACGGCAUCUGUUACGAAUCAUUUCCGCAAGUGUACAGCCAGCAGUAUUUGUUUGUUCGUCUGGGCGCGUUGUGCUCCACACUACUCUCAAGCCAGAGAGAACUGCAGAAAAAAGGCAUUUCUCUGUUGAAGGAUGUAGUGGACAGAGUCGACCCUGGAAGCAUCCCUCACACUGUACUCUCCUCAGAGCACUAUACUUGCUUAUUUUUGGGUCUUUCGCAUGUUAUGUUGGAAUGCGAGGAUGAAAAAUUGCGAGCAGACACGCCUGUCAUCUUUAGGAAGUUCAUCAUGGCGUUUAAUGACAAAGGACAGCACUUGAUACUGCUCCAUGGCUACCAGACUAUGAAAGAUCAAAGUGUUAGAGGCUACAUGGUGACAGUAACAAAAGAUUUAGUUGUGACGUACAAUCAGAGCAGUGACUAUUUCAUGAGACGGUUGCCUGAUUUGUUGUACCUGAUGCUAACUUUGCCAAAAGAGGUCAGAUCAAAUCUUCAUAUGAACGUCAGCACAGUUCUCUGCAAGUUAAAUUUCCUGAGGUAUCUUAUUACGGUUGAUCAAAAUCCUGAAAACUUCGCGGAAUUUCGCAGCAUUGCUGAACAAUUUUUGAAGCAUAUUCCCGACGCUUUAAAAAGGAGCAGGGAAAGUGUGAAUGAAAUACUGAUCGACGCAGACGAGCUCAGUAAGCAAGAAUCAAGUAGAACUUCAGUUGAAGUGGGUGGAUCAGUUUUGCCGACUCCUUCUUUUGAAGAGCAAGUGAAGGCUGCCACAUUGUGGCGGACCCAAUUAGACACUAUUGAGCAUGUGUAUAAUCUAUUGAUGGAAAAAUUUUAGGUAACACUUAGGUGAAUAGCUGGUGGCCGGGAAGUUGGUUAUUGUAAUCUCUGAGAAUAAGACUAAGCACAAACAGUAUGUACUGAAUCAAUAAAUUCUUAAGAUAUGAAACUAGAUA